ACCAACUAAACAGGACCGUUGCAACCUACAACUGCCAGAAACUGAAAUUUGAACUACCCGGGAAAACAAAAACCCAGAGAAAAAGAAGAAGAAGAAGAAGAAUGAUGGAUUUGUUUUUCCCAAAGGAAUUGCAGUGUGACAAUGACAUCUUCUGGUAUGAGGCUUACAAGGCUUUUGAGGCUCUCCAGCCCCAGGUGAAUCAAAGCGCUUUUGUGCCUUACAGAGACACACCCAGAAAUGAAUUUGGGGCAGAGAAUUCAGGUAAUAUGAAAAAUUGUGUAAAUAUGAAGAAGAGAAUGGUGGAGUUCUUGAGGAGGAGUUGGCAUCCGAGGAAUGAAAUCCAAGAGUACGAGAAAGAGAGGGGUUUUCGGCACAUGAUGAACGAGCGAAUGAGGAGAGAGAGGCAGAAGCAAAAUUACAUGACCCUGCAUUCCAUGUUGCCCUUUGGAACCAAGAGUGAUAAGAAUUCCAUUAUUCAAACGGCAGCGACAAAAAUUCAAGUACUGCAGAAGUGUAGGGAAGAGUUGCAAAGGCGAAACUCAGAGGCUGAGAAAAAUUUGGCUGCGGUGGAAGGGGAAAGAGUUGGAAGAGCUAAGAUUAAACUAAAGGUGGCUAAUCCAACAUCUGGGGUUGAUUCCGUGGUGGAAGGUCUUAAAUGCUUGAAACACUUGGGACUGAAGGCCAGAACCAUCCGAUCAAAUUUCACUGCUCAGGAGUUCUCAGCUGAAUUGGAGAUUGAAACAGAGGGGUGAGGGUCUGCUCUAGUGCAAAGUCCAAACAUCAAGUGCCUUGUGCCUUGUCAAGUUGUCGCCAGGUAAGGAAUAUACGGUUGAAUUGCGUCAAUAUUGAAUGAUACAUUCGAAUUCGAACUACUAUUAUUCCAUCCAGUGCAAAGUCCAAACAUCAAGUGCCUUAGGGUGAGGGCCUGCUCUAGUGCAUAGUCCAAACAUCAAGUGCCUUGUGCCUUAUCAAGUUGUCGCCAGGUAAGGAAUAUAUGGUUGAAUUGCGUCAAUAUUGAAUGGCACAUUCGAAUUCGAACUACUAUUAUUCUAUCCAUUGGAAUGGAAGAGACUGAAAAGUAUGAGAGUUAAGAUCAAUUGUAAGGGGAAAAUUGGGACAAAUUACUCAAGUCACCGCGGUGUUUGCAAAAGAUUGGAAAGGGUGCUUGGGUGUUCGGCUACUUUUCUAAGGUUGAUACCAACCUUUCUGUCCAAGUUGAAGCUAAAUUGAAGGAAUCAAUUCACCUUCAGCUGCUGUUUUGUGGAGAAAUAAUAGCCAGAUCUCGCUACUAGCAGAAAUUAGAAAGCAAGUGAAGUCCAGCCCUUUUGAAUGUUAUCAUGGAGUAUGUCGCUAGUAAAAAUGUGCCACAACAAUUGUCUGUAAAAAUAUUAUAAAAUAAUUUGUACGUGUAACCUUACCCUAAUAAUUUUUUUUUUUAAACAUUGGAAAAGUAGACAUCAAA